AUGCAAACAGUUGAAUUUAAAAGAUUCUUUAAGGAUAUAGCAGCAUCGGAUAAGUUUCUAAUUAUCAUAGGAACAAUAUCAGCUGUACUUACUGGAAUUCUUCUUCCUAUGUUCUCUUUUCUUCUUGGAGAUCUAGCUGAUACGUUUGAUCCAAGGAACCCACGAGAUCUAUAAGAAAAAGCUCUAAAAUCAGUGUCGCUUUAAAUCGGCCUACUUGGAUUUGCAGUUUGGCUAUUCGGUUAUAUAUUUUUUGGAUUCUGGUAGCAUGCAGCAGAAAAUAUAGUAUUUAAAUUAAGAUCUUAGUACUUGAAUUGUUUGUUAAGACAGGAAAUAGAAGACUUGGAAACAAUGAAUAUAGAAUAGCUUCCAUCUUAACUAGGUGAAAACUUUAGCAUUAUAUAAGACUCUAUAGGAUAAAAGCUUUCUACAAUCAUAUUUUCAAUAAGCAAUAUAAUCAGUGGAAUAGUUAUUGCUUUGAUAUAUGGACCAGAUUUAACUGGAAUUUUCUUAGUUAUAUUUCCAAUUUUGUUAGUGAUUCUAUUUGCUAUUGGUAUCAGGGUAUAGAAAUUUUCUAUAAGCAAACAAUCGGUGAUUUAAUAAAUGGGAGGAGCUGUCGAAGAAUGUUUAAUGUCUAUUAAAUUAAUUACCUCUUUUUCUUAAGAGGAAAAAGAGAUUAAGAAAUUUGAAAAAUUUGCGGAACAAGCUAAAGAAAUAUCAGACAAAUCUGAGCAUUAAAUUGCUGCUUUUAUAGGUUUGUUGAAAUUUUUUAUAUUCGGAUUUUAUGCUUUUGACUCUUACUUAGGCACUGUUUAUAUUGAACACAAACUCUAUAAUGCUAGUUCUGGACAUGAUUAUACAACUGGAGAUAUUAUCUCUGUGAUAAUGUCAUUCAUUUUUAGUACGGGAAUGUUAUUUAAUAUCAGUCCCAAUAUUUAAGGAAUUAUAAAAGCAAAGCUAGUUGGAAAAUAAAUUUUUGACGUCAUCGAUAAAGUCUAGAAUAAUUUUUCAAAAUAAGAGGGAUAAAUCAAAAAGUUUGAGGUUAUUGAAAACAUAAGGUUUGAAUCUGUGACAUUUAAGUAUCCCAAAGCAAGUAAAGUAACUUUGCAGGAUGCUUCAUUUACAAUUCAAGCAAAUUAAACAACUGCGAUUGUUGGUAGCUCAGGAUCAGGAAAAAGUACUAUUAUAUAAUUAAUAGAGAGAUUUUAUAACCUAGAUUCAGGGAAAAUAUUUUUCGAUAACCUAAAUAUUUAAGACGUAGAUUUAAGAAUUCUACGCGAGUCGAUCGGAUUAGUUUAAUAAGAACCUGUACUAAUUAUGGGAUCUAUUAAAGAUAAUAUUCUAUUGGGAAACAAAGAUGCCAGUAACGAUGACUUAAAAAAUGCCGUUAGAACACCUAUGUAGGCUCCUCAAAUAUACUUAAUCUUUCUGGGGGUUAGAAGCAAAGAAUAGCAAUCGCAAGAGCAUUGA